CGGCCGUUAAAUACGCAAAUCUCCCAAGUGUAUUUUUCGCGCCCAUUACGCUACUACAGCCUCUUCAUUCUGCUGAUCCUCAGCAGUGCUGUCCUUUGUCGGCUUCAGCCGAUUUUCAUUCUUGCAUAUAUGUGUCAUCGGCACGCUAAUACGUCAAUACCGCAAGCAACGGGAGCUCAUCACGUGCACCAAUCGCAUGCUGCGUUUGCAGCGGAGCAUAAGCCGGAUUGCCAGCCAGCUGCGAAGCAAUGCAGGACACAUCCCACCGCGGCCACAAUAUGACAGAUACACGGCGUUCAUGUUAUGUUGUAAGCUGAUACCGUUACUAUUGUCACCCACAUGGACUAUAUUCAUUGUGCGGAUAGAGCAUGUGCUGCAGCGUCCCGCAUACCUCGUUGCGCUGCUCAUCCUCUACUAUUGCCAGCUGGCUUUGCAGUUAACGCUCAGCACUUACUUUGUGAACACCUUGAUGUUGGCGCAGCAAAGCAAGAAGGUGAAUGCGCUAUUGCGGACAGUCUUGCAACAAGCCGCUAAGUAUUCGUUGCAUUCACGGCCAUUCAAUACGCGUUGUCGAUAUCAGUUUCACACGCUGGUGUACAUAAUAAAGCGACUACGUUCGGCUCACGAGGCAAAUUCUCAAAUCAGUGGCUCAAUGACGCGCCUCUAUGGUCCUCAGCUGGUGGCCUUUCUCGGUUUUGUGUUGACCGAAUGCACUGUGCAGUUUUUCGUGCUCUACUUCACAUCUUGCAGUCAACAUGCUGCAUUUCCAUUUAGACCAGCACCACAGUCACGAGGAGAAUUCUGUUAUAUAAGAUGGAAUAUAUGGGCUAUGGUUUACGUCUUUGGCUUGCUCAGUGACAUGUCUUUGGUUGUCAGUGCAGCACAUCAACUGCAAUCACGUGUACAAGCCACACGAGUCGUGCUGGCGGAAGGUAGUGCUCGUUUGCCGUUGUUGCAAGCCAUGUGCCGCCAUUGCAGCGAUGUACAGUUGGCGCGUACGUUGGCCGACUUUGCUCUCUAUUUGCGCAUGGAUAAUCAACAACAACCUAAGAUUGGGCGACGCUAUGUUUCUGUUAUGAUAUGUGGCCUGUUUGCUAUGGAACGUCGUUUGAUAUUUGUCAUUUUGCAAACAAUCUUAAAUUAUCUGCUCAUACUUAUCCAAUAUGACAAAGUUACUUAAGAAAAUGUAUUAUUAUCCUUCAAUCACAUUG